AUGGCUUUCUCCAAAAUUGCCGCUCUCCUGGCAUCGGCCACCAUGGUCGCCGGCCACGGCUAUGUCUCGAGCAUUGUCGCCAACGGCCAGAACUACACCGGCUACCUCGUCGACCAGUACUCCUACCAGGACGACCCACCCAAGAGCGUCGGCUGGUCGACCACCGCCACCGACCUGGGCUUCGAGGAACCCUCCGAGUACUCCGACCCGAACAUCAUCUGCCACCGCAACGGCAAGAAUGGCCAGCUCUCUGCCGAAGUCAAGGCCGGCUCGGACGUGGAGAUCCAGUGGACUGAGUGGCCGGAGUCGCACCACGGCCCUGUCAUCACCUACCUCGCGUCCUGUGACGGCGACUGCAGCACGGUCGACAAGACGAAGCUGGAGUUCUUCAAGAUCGACGCCGUUGGUCUCGUUGAUGGCAGCAAUGUGCCCGGCACCUGGGCAACGGACAAGCUCAUCAAUGCUGGAAACCGCUGGACGGUGACCAUCCCCUCCUCCAUUUCUGCGGGCAACUAUGUCAUGCGCCACGAGAUCAUCGCUCUUCACUCUGCUGGCCAGGAAAAUGGCGCUCAGAACUACCCCCAGUGCCUGAACCUGAAGGUCACUGGUGGUGGCAGCGAUGAGCCUGAGGGUACUCUCGGCGAGAAGCUAUACACAAAGUCCGACAAGGGUAUCCUGGUCAACAUCUACACUACCUUGUCGAACUAUGUCAUGCCUGGACCGGCUCUGUACAGCAGCAACUAA